AGAGAGCGGAGCAAGUGCCUCUGAUGCACAUGCGAGGGAGAAGGAGAGAGACAGCUUUGGCGGCGGCUGAGCUGUGUGUUCUGCAGCAGCAGCGAGGAGGAGGAGAAGGACCACCGAGUGCGGUUUUUAAUACGAGCGCGCACGGACGAGGCGCUUGGAAAAUGCAGGAGAUUUGCGAAAAUCUGCGCAGAGCCGUCGAGCAUGGGCGCACCGAUAUCGUCCGGUCGAUUCUCGAAGCAUGUGAAGAUAACGAAGUGGGAGAUGGCAUAACAAAAGACAAAAUCUUGAAUGGAGCUAUUUUUGAAGAAGGAACGCCACUUUUGUACGCAGCUGCACACAAUCAAGUUGACUUGAUCCGAACUCUCUUAAACUGUGGAGCAGACCCUGCUGCGACUGAUAUUCAGGGCCGUAAUGCAUUGGAUGUUGCUGUGAAUGACAGGGUUAGGCAGAUAUACAUCGAAGAAUUACUCAGAGCCACUGCAGCAUCCGAGAUUGACAGGGUUGAGCAAAUAUUAUUGGCUGGCAUUGACGUGAAUGCUUGGGAUUCAGAAGCCAGUAGAAAUACCCCUUUACAUUGGGCUGCUUGUUAUGGCAAUAAAGAGAUAGUGCAAUUUUUAACAGAUAAAGGUGCCAAUGUAAAUGCUGAAAAUGGUUGUGGCGCAACACCACUGCAUGAAGCUGUAAAUCGUGGUGAAAUUGAAAUUUGUCAAAUUUUGUUGAGAAAUGGAGCAAAUCCUCUAGUUCAAGCUGUUAAGGGAACUUUUGCAGGAAAGUCGGCCUAUGAUCUUUCGAGGAAUAAUAGUUUGCUACAGUGUUUAAUAGAAAAAUUCAUUGGAGAUAUGCCGUCAAAGGAGGGAGAAAAUGCGCAUUCUCCUCUAGAAGUUCUGGAAGAUACAAAUUUUUCUCCUAAAAAUAUAGUUGAGACACAUCAGCCUCUUUCAGCUGAUUCGAUAAAAUCAUUGGAAAACAGUUUUGAAGUUCUUACAUCUAUAGGAGAUUCAAGAGAGUCUGGUACAGACAGUCCAUUGCGAACAAGACGUUCUGUUGCAAAUAGCGGCAUUUACGAGCUCAUUUGGCCUGAACCUAAAUCCAUAAUUGAACUCGGACAUGUUUCACCGCCUUUUGCUGUUGGCAAGGAACUUUUAAUCUCCAUUAUACAGGGUGGCGAAUCUAUACAUAAAAUCUUGGAUGUUUGGGAGAUCAGUAGGACGCAUCUAUUAGAAUUAGGCUGUGAUGUAAAAAUAGGAGAAGUGCAGCCAGGAUCUGGCAGAGUGACUUGUGAUAAGAGAAUCGAAUGUAUAGUCAACCCAAAACUGUUUAACGUUGCUGAAGGAUAUCAAUUGCAUAUUUCGCAAAAUUCAAUUAAAGUUAGUGCUGGAAGUUUGGCUGGCUUGCAUUAUGCGGUUUGCACGUUUGUGCAAAUUUUACGAUUGAGCAAAAAUCGUUCGAGCAAUGCGGAAAUUUGUGAGAUCGAAGCAGUAUUAAUCAAAGACGAACCGAGAUUCGGUCACAGAGGUAUACUUUUGGAUAUUUCUUUGAGAGGGCGGGCACCUACACUGGAUUAUUUAUUGCACGCGAUCGAUGUUUGGUCUUCCUUCAAACUGUCGCAUUUGCAUCUAUAUUCUCGACUGACUCCGAGUUGUGACUGGCAACUUUGUUACUCUAGAUCGGAAAUGGUUACACUUGAUAGAUAUUGCAGAGAUAGACACUUAGAAUUAGUGCCAGCACUGGAUGUGGAUUCCAAUGUGAGUCUGCGUCAUUUAUCACAAAUGUGGCCACUUUUUCAAGAAUUACUGGCUACAUUUCCAAGUCUGAAUUAUGUGCAUAUAGGGCCUAGAUUAGCCAGCUUACUAGUACAACCAAGUAAUCUUGAUUGUUCACUGUCUGUAGAUGAGACUAUAGAAACAGACAUGUCCGAAGUACUUGAAUCUUAUUCGAGUCUUCAACAACUUUGGCACAUCCUCAAUUUAAGUUUUGAUACUACAGUAUUAUUGUGUUCAAAUGGUUUGCAUACUAAGGCAGAGUUUCGGAGUAUACCUAAUAACGUGAUACUUGUCGAAUACGGUUUUCAGGCGGAUUACGAAUUUUCUGGCUGGACCGAAGCCUUUAGAGUCGCCGGAGCGAAUGUUCUGCCUAGUUCAGGUACAGCAAGCUAUAAUAGUUUAGCUGGUUGUCCUGCUUCGACUUACGCCAAUACGAAGAAUGCCGUGAGAACGGCUCAAGAACAGGACUCGAUUGGUAUUGUAGUAGCUCACUGGUCAGGAAGUCAUCAUCUGACAUCUCACACAUUUGCUUGGGUUGGAUAUCUGAUAGCUGCUGGCCUAUCGUGGAAUCCAAGUACAAACAUCGACGUUGAACCAUCUAUAGAUUUCUACGAUAUUCGCGAAUCAAGCGGAAUCACCAACAAAAAAUCCAUAGCUAGAUUGCUCGAUACACACGUAUUCCGCGAUCUGGAAUACAAAAUUGGAAGUGCAAUUCUAGAACUCGGACGAGUCGAUACAUUAGUCCUAACGUUGAGUAAAAAUCAAGGAAUUAAUGAUCUUCAACAGAUACCGGAUAAUCGCGGUUCCACUCUCUACAGAUUGUUGACAGAUCCCGAUAAUGUAAACCUGGAGUUUCUGUCCACGGAUUUAUUUAUGAAAGCGACUAAGCAAAUCAAAAGGGUAUCUCAUGCUUUGUAUGAAGCUAAUCCAACGUCAAAGUUUGCUUCUAUGGAGAUUCAAGAACUUCAGCUGACGGCAGAUCUGAUGUUGACUGCGUGUAAAAUAGGUAGGACUCUUAUUGGCGUCGGUAUUAAUCCUAACAGCAACAUGGGAUUGGCUGUAAUAAAUUUAGGCAUAAGUAAUUUACCUCCGACUUUCCGCACUGACAUAGCCAACAAAAUGCUGGCACACAUCGAACAAUACAAAGGCGCGUGGCUUCAAAGACACCUGCCGCAAGGACUUCAGAGCUCCUUGCUUAUUUUGACCAGUGCUUUGCACAGAUUUGUGCCUGAAUCGUAAAUCUGCCAUUGUGAUAAUUGUUGCUGCUUAUUGUAAUAAGACAAAGUAAGUAGCUGCAAUAGAGCCAUCCUUUGUUGCAUUUGUUGUUGAAAGCGUUAAAUGCCGAGGCGAUUGUUAUAUACAAUUAAAAUUAUCGAAUUGCGAUGUUGAAGUUUCUUGACUACUGAACGUCAUUAGAUGUAAUGCUAGGAUGCAGUACUAUUUAUACACAGUAACUGAAUUUUGACUAAAUUUACAAAAAGCUAUAAUCAAUGACUCUGCUGUGUAUAUUAUGUCCAGUAACUAAAUAUGUACAUACUAUAAAUUGUACAUACGCAAAAAGACUAUAAUUAUUACGAAUUAUGUAAUGCAUAUAACGAUGAACACUUAAAAUAUAUGUAUGUUAUAUAAGAGAAAAAAGUAUUGUUAAACUGUUAGAACAAUGAGAGUGAUUCAAAAUUUAAUGAUAUAAGAAUUUUGACAAAUAUUUUGAGCAUUUAUAUACAUUUUCAUAUAACCACACUGUACUUUAUACAGAAAUAUUUAUCAGAAUAAAUUAUUAUCAAUUUUUGUCUUAAAUUUGAAAUCAAAUGUCAUUCUUCACCAAUCGGUUUUGUACUUUUACACUUUGGAAUACGUUGUGUAAAACACGCGGUAUGUUUUAAUAAAAAGCAAUUUGUUCAUGAA